GCCCGCCUGGCUUGAUUUGAACGUGAAGCGUCGGCGUUCAACCUCGAAAAUUCAACCUCCUUGCCCAAGGCUUCCCUCCCCAUCUUCCGCGCCGAAUCUGACUAGCCCGACUCUCCCAACACACGCACGGCUCGGAUCGACCUCUGAAUACCCUCGGCUGUUCCAUCCAGCCAGCCUCAUCGCCUCGCCGACCCGGAUGCCCACGCUUUCACAGCAUCCCUACCUACCUCUCUCAUGCCUGUAGCGACCUCCGCCCCGACAGCCUCCCCCCGUCCGUCCACCUUGAUCAAGAUGGAGGACAGGAAGAGACCUCCCAUCAGCACCGCUGAGGAUCUCGCCCCUCCCAGCAAGCGACAUCAAACCGUCAAUGGAAGCAAGUCCAAGGGCGAUGGUGGCGAUACCGCCGAGGAGCACUGGAUCGAGAAUUACCAAAAGGGUGCCAUUUACCGCCAAUUGCAAGAAACAAAAAGAGAAAGGGCCGACUUCGAGUCGCGCGUCGAACAGCUGCAGAAAAACCUAGUAUACCGCGAAGAUCACAUCCGCAUCAUCGAAGCAUGGUGGAAACAGGUUCUGGAGGAAAUGGAACAGCUCGCGGAUCCGGCGCUACCGCCGCCCUCGGGUCCGUCAAAUCCUCCGUACAUCACCAGCACUCACUUCAAGGACAACGACGAGUUUCAGAGACACCUGGACGAUACCGCAUCGGACAUCAAGAAACGGGCCGAGGCGGUGCUGAACCGCAUCGCAAACGCCAGAGGAGAGAUUACGCCAAACAUUGCCGACCUGGAGACGCGGGUCAACGCCUUACUCGCUCAACAAAAGGACUAUCUGGUCAAGCUGGACCGUGCGCAGCAGGAGAACGAGCAACUGUCGGAAGACCUCAACAAGGCCAGCCUGCGGUUUUUCAAGGCCGAGAAGCGCAUGGACAGAUUAAAGAGCGCGCAGGUGCAGAAGCUCGAACAACAGUUCAUCGCCAGCGCCAAGCCGACACUCGCCGCCGGAGAGAACGGAAGCGACGCGGCGGAAGCAAACGGGAACGCCGCCGAGGCGCUCAUCAAGUUCGGGGAGGCCUCGGCGGUCGUCAAGAAGCAGAAGGAGCAGCUGGAGUCUGCGCAGGCGGACAUCAAGACCCUCCAGGAGGAGAACUCGGCACUCAAGGCUCGACGAGAGGGCCUCACCGACGAAGACUUCAUCCGGACGGACGUGUUCAAGCAGUUCAAGAACCAAAACGAGGACCUGAUCAAGCGGGUCAACCAUCUGGAAGCCACGAACAAGCAGUUGAGGGAGGAGGCCGAGCGGUUACAGUCGGAGCGGACGGCGUUCCGGACCAAGCUCACCGACGAGGCGCAGAUGAUCACGUCGGACCUGGAGCGCCAGGUCGAGGAGCGCGACGCCGACCUGACGCGGAUCCGUGCGGCCCGGGACGAGUGGUACGCCAAGGCCAGCAUGCUGGAAACGCGAGAGAAGGAGGAGAAGCAGGCGCUGCAGCACCUCAAGGAGCUCACGGGGGCUCAGGAGGACCGGAUCGCAUCCCUCGAGCUGGAGCUGCAGCGGCUGAAGCCUGCCGAGGACCAGCCGAUGUCCGACCCGGACCCCGAGCUGGAGAGCAUGCCUGCCGACGAGCUGCGGACCAAGUACAAGAAGCUCCAGCAGGACCUGGAGUCCAUCAACAAGGAGCUGCCCGCCCUGCAGCAGGCAUACAAGCGAUCGAUGGGCCUGGCGCAGAAGAAGGUGAUGGAGUACACGGUGCUCGAGGACCGCGUCUCGGCCGCGCUCGCCGAGAAGCAAAAGGUCGACCAGAAGUACUUCGCCGUGAAGAAGGACGCCGACAUGCGGGACCGCGAGCUCAACGUGCUACGCAGCCAGAACCGCAAGAGCUCCGAGAUAGUGACGCAGCUCAAGGAGGUCGAGGCUCAGAACCGGGUGCUGAUCAGCAACCUCGAGAAGCAGCUGUCGGAUCUGAAGCAGGCCAACGCGGCCAUGGCGGCGGAGCAUAGGAAGAUGGAGGCCACCAGCGCCGACGCCGCGCGCCGGGUCGAUUCGUACAAGAACCAGAUCGGCGAGCUGACGAGCCUGGUCAAGUCGCGCGACGCGGCCGUCGCGGCGGCACGGGAACGCACCACGACGCAGGAGGCCGAGGUCGAGCGCCUCAAGGUGCGCGCGGACAUGGUGCAGAAGGACAAGGACGAGUGGAAGCGCAAGGCGUUGAGCAACUCGUCGGAGGAAGAGGAAAUGCUCAGGACGUUUGCGCUGUGCACCGUAUGCCGCAACAACUUCAAGGAUACGGCCCUGAAGACGUGCGGCCACCUGUUCUGCCACCAGUGCGUGGACGACCGUAUCAGCAACCGCAUGCGCAAGUGCCCCAACUGCUCGAGGGCCUUUGACCGCCUGGACGUCAUGUCCGUCCACCACUAGGCUCCGGCCCGGUUUGCAACAAUUAUUCGCCUCGUGUUGGAGCAUCACGAGGAAUCGCUGUUUUGAUAUGCAUCACAGAUGUUUGCGCAGUUUGGAGUUUGCUUUCGCAGCAGGGGGGAUUUCAUGGUAUGAUACCUCGGGGAAGACGCCUGCAAUUGGAAAUGAUGGUUCGUUGUACUUUUACGUGUAUGGAAGACGGCCUGGACCUCGGAAAUGUACAUAAUGCCACGCCACCCGGCAAAGAAGGGGGCGGGCGACUGAUCACACCAAAUAGCUGGAGGGCCGGGGGGUGGUACGAGAGAGCGCGGAGUACAGGAUAGA